CCAAUCUACCCAAAGAUCAUCACGUCUCUUUUGGACCGAUAUGUCGCACGCUUGCAACGAACGUUCACUACCUGUUGCAGCGCUCAGGUUUCGAGCCCAGAACAUCAUUGUCUCGUCCCCGCUACGUUAUGCGCAUUUAUUCUGCGGCCGUUGUCGCUGAUUGCAGCCACCGCCGCCGCUAGGUUGUAACUAGAACGGUGAGCUCAGCUGCUCGGAGGCUGACCGACUAGUCCGCGUGCCAAGGGCCCAAUUCGCAGGCUUGUUGCAGUGUUAUGUAUUGUGGUUGAUGAGGAAGAAGCCUGCAUUGGCGCUAUUCGACGCCAUUGGCUUCUUGCCUCCAAUGAGCAUGUGGGCAGCGAGCUGAAUGAUGCAGGUCUCAACGAAUCUCGACCUGCCAGGAAGGUCUCCGCAAAUCUAGACCCACGGCGAACUCUCCUCCAUCAUGACCGGAUGCCUUCCUCUUCCAUGACCCACGUGUAUCUUCGGCUCAGGAGCGAUUUAUUCCCCGUGGCUUCUGUGCAAGGUAGGGACUCUCACGCCACUUCUUCAACGGAAGCUCCUCUAGCUUCCAGACCAGCAUGGAUACAGCCAUGGAUGCACACUUGGCUGAACUAUUCAGUGUAGAAGAUCUCUUUUGGGUAGGGCGGCAGUUGCUCAGCUUGCCACAUGCGUUCUAUUUGGGCAAGACUUGAAUGAACCAAGGCUUCAACGUCAUACAACAUCCGCAAGAGAAGAAGCGCCUUGCCUGGUUGGAGCAUCGGAGCUGACUCGAUAGUCGCUUGAAUGGUGGCAGGGUCAGGGACCAUCCGGUAUCAUGGGGUUCUGACCUUUCAAGUCGAUGUUUCUUCCCGAAUAUCCUCAUAUUUUGAUCUCUUCACUUCACUCAGCGUCGAUUGAGCCAUAUCGACGGUUUUCUCUCUCAUCACCAUCACUUCUCAUCUUGCUAAAACCCGACACGAUGGAUGCAAUCAACAGCAAUGCCAAAGAGUUUGAGGUAUUUGCUCUUCAGCCAGCUCUCGGGCAGAAUAUCCAGCUCGGGAUGCUGUACGACGCUCGCAACCAGCAGUUCUUUAGCGGCAUCUCGCUUUGGAAAGACUCGGAAGUGAAUGCCACACAGGCUGUCGACGACAAGAAGGUCCAAAACGCCGAUUAUCGGUUCACAUAUUCGCUCGACGAGGCCCGAAGCGACAACUCGCUCAGUAUUGAGGGAUCCUUGGCUCUGGAUCUCAAGGCUUUCAGCGCCGAGGGAUCAGCAAAGUAUUUGAGCGAGAAGAAGUCCAGCAAGCACGAGGCACGACUCAACGUGUCUUGCACCAUUGAGCGCAGAACACGCCGCAUUCCCAUGGAGGUUCUUUCCAACAUGACGUACGAGAAGCAGCUCGAUAGCCCUUUCUACACCCACUUUGUCUCCGAAGUGGUUGAGGGCGCGAGCGCAACGCUCACCUUUGCCCGUUCCUGCUCGUCGGAAGAAGAAGCCAAGGAGAUUACAGGCGAGCUCAAGAUCAAGGUCGUCUCGAUUCCCGUCAGCGGAAGUGCGAAGGUUGAGUUCAAGGAGGGGUCCGAGAAGCUCAUGGAGAACGUCAAGAUCUCGUACAGCGGCGCCAUGGCGGAGAAUGUCGCCAGCCUCGAAGACGCCCAACGAGUUGCCAAGGAGAUGCCCUCGAAGCUCAUGACGCAGAUGAAUACGCUCAAGUACAAGCUGCUGCCGCUCUCCCUCCUCGACAGCAAGGCGAACAAGCUGAUCCGCAGCAUUGAUACCGGCCUCCUCACCAAGACUGCUGAAGCCCUCAAGGCAGGAGACGAGGCUACGUUGUCACUGAAGGAGAUUGCAGCGGAUGAAGUGUUCCAGAAGACCUUCCCCUCCAUCCGAAAGCAGAUCUCAAACUUCCAAAACGCAUUUGCGGCGGCUGAGACCGACUUCACGUCGCAAGUCCGAAAUUUGUUGCCAGAGCUGCGGGAUGGCAACACAAAUGCCAACGAGAAGAUUGCCGAGCUGGUGAAGGUCGUUGGCCUUCAUUCGCGGCGCACUGAAAUGGCCCAGCAAUUCGUCACCGCCAAACAAAAUGAAGCCCUCAUUCUUCGCCAGACAGUUGCUGCCUUGUUGGCCGACAAGUUCGAGGAUCAUCUGGGAGGACUCAAGAGCGGAAGCCUGGUCGACGCUGCGCCCCCCCGCCUGUUGUUGUCCAUUGGAGGCGGUGCCAUUGGCGUACCCACGCAUCCGCUCCAAACAAGUCUCGCGACGGCUUCUCUCGACAGCGUGGACUCCGGCGACGAUGCCGAUCUCCCGGUCGAGGAAUGGUUCGAGAACUCGCAAACGCGAGCCAACCUGGCAAAGUCGUGCAAUGACAUACGUGAACAGCGCAAGAUGGCGAUUCCCGGUGUCGAUGUUUCUUUUGGGGUUGCGAGCAUCGCUGUAGCGACGCGCGGUGGCAAGAAGGCAAGGACUAACAUUGGUGACGUGAUCCUGCAGAAGGACGGCGUCCUGUCGAUAGUCACAGGCAUGCUCCCCAAGGAGCCAUCUCGGCCGACACUCACCGUCAAAGGCCAGACGCUGGCUGUGAAGUGGUCUUCGAACCGCGCGGCCGACGAAGAGACUGCGAUCCCGACAACUGGCUUUGCUCUUCGAUAUCGCCGGGUUCUUAAUUCCAAGAGAGACGGUCCGUUCCCUCGUGCUGGGGAGAACGAGUUGUUCCGAGACGUCAGAUGCCCUGCGACCGACGACACAAUCGAACUUGAGGACCUGUCCGACGAUUGCGACUACGAAGUCGAGCUGAGCGUGCAGACCUGCGUGGGCUCAUCGCCUUGGAGCCCCAAGGCUGUCGAGCGCACCGAGAGACGCAUGACUGAAGCCCGCAACAUGUUCGAGUUCUUCUUCAACAAUAAGGCCAAGCUCACUGCUACGCCGACUUCAGACGGCAGCAAGCCGUGGGACUUUGACAAAGACAAGAAGACGCUUUUCCUCGGCCACACGGAAUACCUCAAGCGGAAGACCAACGUCAAGGGUUUCCAAGACGAGGUUGCAGUGCGCAUAGUCGAUGUCGCCACCGAGUACAAGCCCGAGAUCCAGUUUCCGGCGCUCGAUAAAAUCAACGAAACAAUUGUCGCCGUUUUCACCGGCCCUAGUGGAGCUGGCAAGAGCACGCAAAUCAAUGCAUUCGUGUCCUACCUCCUCGGCGGCGAGGUGGACGACCCAGCUCGCGUUCUUCUCAUCGACGACCGCAAAUUCAAACAGUCCGCAUCGGUUACGCAGCUGGUCACCUGCUUCCGCAUCCGACCGUUCGCGCCUGUGUUCGAAAACAAGACGCUGAUGAUUGUCGACACGCCUGGUUACGGAGACUCCCGAGGAGUUGAGCGCGAUGCCUUCGUCACCGCAGCCAUGUCCGAGUUCUUUGGCACGGUUAGUCAUGUCAACAGCGUCAUCUUUGUCUGUAAGGCCAACGAGGUGCGCACGACGAUUCUCAGCCCUGUCGCCACCUAUGUCUUUUCUCUGUUCGCAAAAGACGUCCGCAGAUGCCUCCGCACGCUGUACACCUUCAGCGAUGGCGGCAAGGUGCUUGCUCACGGCACCCUCGAAGGACUUCAGUGGCCGGUCGAGAACGGCGAGGUUCAAGUCAACAACUCAGCUUUCGGGCUCGAUCUACAAGGUGGCGAGGUUGACAGGAAUAUCAGAAGCCAGUGGAUCGACUCGAUCAAGGGACAGUUCCGGCUGCAGGAAAUGCUCGUCAAGAUGACACCUGUGCCCACAGCAGGCAGCGCCGAGGUGACCAAAAAGCGAAUGCAGCUCGAAGAGAAAUGUCAGCUUGCCGAGGGCAAGAUCAUGAAGACCGCCAAUGAUGCGCAGUUGAUCAUUGCCCAGCUGAAGACCCUCGCCCUCGCCAUCGGAGCCGCGCCCGACGAGCUGAUCGCCCAGAAGUACAUCGAGACGUUCAAGAGAGAUGUCCCAUCGGGGAAGUACACCACUCUCUGCACGACUUGCAACUACACCUGCCACGAAAUCUGCAAUUUCUCGAACGACGACGACAAAAAAUACUGUGCGGCCAUGAACAAUGGAGAUUGCACCAUGUGUCCGAACAAGUGCAACUGGACCAAGCACCACAACGCCACCUUCAUCAUCGUCGCCGAGGAGAAGACCAAGUACAUCACGCCGCAGAAGCUGAUCGACACGUGGAACAAGACCAACAACACGCUAGAGGGCGCCCUGGUCGGGGUCCUGGACAAGUACCUGAAGGCACAGGCGAUUCUGCGCCAAGACAUCCUCGACCUGGCCGACCUCAACGACCAGCUCAAGGAGACGGCGCUCAUGCACGACCCCAGCGGCCUCAUGAACUACGUCGACCUGCUGAUCAUAUCGGCCAAGGCGGGCGUUAAGGAGGGCAGCGCCAACGAGACGCUGAUCACGCAGCUGACGACGGCGCGCAAGACGCUGCAGCUGCUCAACGAGCUGAAGAUGAAAGACAGGCAGAUCGGCGGCGACCUCGUCAUCCUGGUGGACGUGCUGGAUCUCGUGCGCGGGGAGAUGAUGCGCAGAAUGGCGCUGAGCGCGAACGACCGUGCGGCCGAGGAGAAGAAGCCGUGUUCGCUGUAUAAUGACCUGCGCCUGAAGCUGCCGCUGGAUCUGAUGAAGAAGGCUCCUUCGCCGCUGAGGACGCAGAGCAUGAUGAGCAAGGGAGCGCUGUACGAGGAGAAUUUGAAGGCGGUGGUGAGCUUGGUGGAGCUUGUGCUCAAGGAUGGCGGCGUUGUUGCCGCGCUUGCGGCGACUCCGGCAUCGUAGUGGUUGUACACGUAGCAACAGUGUGGGCUUCUUUUCUUUUGUUUUUUUGGGGAGCUGUGUGGAAUGAGAAAGUCGCAAAGGCAUUGCACUUGGAAAGACGUCAACGAGAACCGAUUAAUAUCUCUCAUGUCGCUCGCUCGCAACGUGCCCUAUCUAGUCGAUAAUCUUCAGUCAAGCCAGUUAACAUGGGAUUUUUUUCUGAACAAUCAAUCAUAAAGCAACCUUGUUAA